UUAUUUCUUCUCUCUUUUUCAGGAGUCCAAGGACCCUUUGGCAUUCCAGGGCAGGAUGGACUUCCAGGGCCUCCUGGGAUUUCCAAUAUAUCGGGAUAUCCAGGCGAUACAGGUUCCCCAGGUUUAGAUGGAGUGCCAGGUUAUCCAGGACUACACGGGCAGCCUGGAAUACCAGCUCCACCGGGAAGCAAGGGAGAAAGUGGGCGAGCAGGUGUGAGCGGACAAGCUGGCCCCAAAGGGGCAAGAGGUGAUCCUGGAUUACCAGGGAGACCUGGGAUUCCUGGUUAUCCCGGACCAAAAGGUCGUAAGGGUGAACAAGGUGUCAUUGGCUUUAUUGGCACAGUAGGAUUUCCGGGUGAUUUGGGACCCAUUGGACCCAAGGGGGAUAGAGGACUUACUGGCUUUCAGGGCCCUCCAGGCUCUCCUGGGUUGCCACCAAUUCCUCCAAGGCUGGUUGCUGAGCAAGGUUCACCAGGUCCCCGUGGAAAUGUAGGACCUCAGGGAAGUCCGGGUGAUACAGGACCUCAAGGUCCACCAGGAGAUCCAGGUCUCAGAGGCUUACCUGGAGAACCAGGACUCCAGGGCAGAGGUGGCAUUCCAGCUCCUCCUGGAUCCAGAGGUGAACAAGGAGCAAUGGGGUUUCAAGGUCCAGUGGGAUUUGAAGGCCAGCCAGGCCGCCCUGGUAGCCCCGGGCUGCCAGGUAUGCCAGGUCGCAGCGUUAGUAUUGGCUACCUGCUGGUGAAGCACAGCCAGUCUGACCAAGAGCCAAUGUGCCCGAUUGGCAUGAACAAACUCUGGAGUGGCUACAGCCUCCUGUACUUCGAGGGGCAAGAGAAAGCACACAACCAGGACCUAGGGCUGGCUGGCUCAUGCUUGGCUCGUUUCAGUACGAUGCCAUUCCUCUACUGUAACCCUGGGGAUAUUUGUUAUUAUGCAAAUCGAAAUGACAAAUCCUACUGGCUCUCAACUACAGCACCCCUUCCAAUGAUGCCUGUGGCAGAAGAAGAAAUUAGGCCAUAUAUCAGCCGCUGCUCUGUUUGUGAGGCCCCAGCUGUGGCAAUUGCUGUCCAUAGCCAAGAAGCUUCUAUUCCUCGCUGCCCCGAAGGCUGGCGCAGUUUAUGGAUUGGAUAUUCCUUCCUUAUGCACACUGCGGCCGGUGAUGAAGGUGGAGGACAGUCGCUGGUAUCUCCUGGAAGCUGCCUGGAAGAUUUCAGGGCUACUCCUUUCAUCGAGUGCAAUGGGGCACGUGGAACCUGUCAUUACUUUGCCAAUAAGUACAGCUUCUGGCUCACUACGAUCGACCAGUCCUUCCAAAGCAAGCCCUCAGCAGAUACACUCAAGGCAGGACUCAUCCGAAGCCACAUCAGCAGAUGUCAAGUCUGCAUGAAGAAUUUAUAGAAGCCUUUUAUAGCGUAAGGAACCUGCUUACCAUCUAGUACUUGUACAGUGAAACCUUCUAGGAUGUUUAAACAUUUGAAUAAAUCAUGUUGGUGCUUAUUUUUUUUUAACUUAUUACCUCAAAAGCGGAACGGAAAGUUAAUUUUUAAAAGCGUAUAAAAGCAAACUAAGCAUAACACAAGUUAAGUUGAAUACACAGACCUGGUGCUGUGUUCUGCUAUACAGUACGUAUAUAUAUGUUGUGCUACUCUAACAGAUGUUGCAAAUACUCACGCCUUUGAAACACAAGAAACUUUGAGAAAUAAAAGCUUACCAUGGUCGGAUACCCACUGCAUUUACCUUAAGAUAAUAUAUACAUGUCUUCUAUCAUGGUAUUUGUCACAACACUAAACACUAACAGCUACAGCUCCAACAACUGACACACUGAUCACACUGAGCAUUAAAGCCUUGCGUAAUUCUGACGUGGAAGGUGCUUACAUCCAGCAUUAAAACCUGACUUCUGUGACUGUUUUAUGAUCGGGCAUCUCCAACACACUCAGAGCAAUCAGCUUUUUACUGUAUUUGUGGGGGGGUAUUAAGCCUCACAAUUUCCUAGCACUUCAUCACUAGAAACAGAGAAGCCCACAGUUGAGUGACCACAAAAUGCAGUCUCUUCCUGUGUUAUUUAGGAGACUAUACGAUAAUCAUCAGCAUAUUGUUUUGUAAGCCUGGCCAUUUUUUUUCUAGAUGUGCUCUCAGACUUUGGGUUUGAAUGUUGGGUGCUCCACAGUGGAACCAGGAGUUGGGCUUGGAGAUACUUAUGGGUCCCUCCCAACUCUGGCUGUUCCAUGGUUCUGUGAUUACAAAGGUCCGCCGUGUUGUGGGCAUUCACCUGUGUGAUGCUAUUCACAGCACUGAGUGGUUUUGCACUGCAGCGCUUCCCCUCUGAAAGCAGCCCACUCACCACAGGUAGUGACCGUGUGCUGCUGCAACUCCUCCAAAGCCAGAGUCCCUCCUUGUGAAAGCAAAGGGGAAGGAAGCAGGACAUUAUUUGGCACCAUCUCUUCCCAUAAAGAACUGUGUCACUGCACGCCAGGCUUGGGAAAUGCCCCAAAUAACCAGCUCUUCCCUU